GCAAUUAUGAGUGCGCCACGACCAAGCAAGCGAGCCAAGGGCCUUGGACAGCAGGUGGAGGAGGUGGCGUCUAUUGUGGAGCAGAUUGCGCGUGGAGAUAGUGGCAGUGGGACAAGUAGCGCCCGCAGUCUGGUGAGCUAUGUCCAGGAGACGCCCGUCAAGGCCAUUGCGCCACCGUCACAGACUCGCCCUGUCCCGAGGCCUCCAACAACUGCGUCUCGCGUCAGCUCGGAUGCUACCACAGCGGCGAGCAGGCUGGCAAAGCCGGUUGUCACCGAGCGUGUCGCUUCGGCUGUGACGGCGUCGAGGAGAAGGGCCAACAAGGAGAAGCGGAGGCAGGUGGCCGCAAAGGCCAAGAAGCGCGGCGCCAAGGUCCGCGCCUCGCGCAAGGCUGUCCGCAAGGUCAGAGUCCCGCGCAAGGUUGUCGACUAUGAAGCACUUCUACCUCUACAUCACAUGUGGAAGAAGUACGCUGCGACCUGUCUGGGCAAGGCCGAGAACUUUGUCGCCAGCAAUCGCACCGGCGCCAUCACCCUCGGCCCGCACAUCGGCAAGCUCGAGCUGGCCGGUGCCCUGCUCUCGGUUGUCUCGUCAAAGUCGCCGUCGCUGGUAGGCGUUCAGGGCCUGGUCAUGGCCGAGUCGGCUCAGAUGUUUACUCUCGUCACACCGCAGUCCAAGCUCAAGCACGUGCCCAAGGCCUCGUGUGUCUUUGGCCUCAUCUGGGACUCGCUCUUCAUCACCCUGCACGGGCCGAACAUCUGCUUCCGCGCCUCGGAGCGCGCCGCCCGCAAGCUCAAGGCCCGCCCUACCAACGUCUUGUGAUCGCUAUCAUCGCCACCACCUCCCCAUCAUCGCCCACGCCCAUUCGAACGCUGCCAGGCACUGAGCCUCGGCCACCGCCCCCACUUACC